AUGCUCGCAUCUCUAAACCGUAAUGAAAAACAUAUUCCUAUCAAGAUGGAAACGUUUAUUCGAUCACUUCAUGGGGAUGCACUUGUAUCACUAUUGGAAUAUCUUGCCAUUUACCAAACACAUUGCCUCUUUCAGUAUACAGAGAGAAAUAAGAGUGAAAAACAAAAAGCCUCAUAUCUAUGUGAACUUUUGUUUGUAGCUCUUAUAGAUCGAAUAGUGGAGUUAUCUUCUAAACAUGUUGCAUUUAUUGUUUCUCUUUGUAAUGCCGCCGGUAUUAUUUCUCCAGCAUUUUAUUUAAUUCUCUAUUACAGUCGACAAUCGUUAAGACGAACACAAGCCAUACAAACCUUACGAUCUAUAUGUACAAUCUCUACUGGGGAUAUCUCAUCUCCCAUGAUUUAUCACUCUUUUCCAAAUAUGAUGUCCGCUGUAUCUAUACAAGUUGCCGCGUUAAGUUUUCUUCUCAUACGUUGUAUGGAAUUGGAAUCCACAUUAGAGGGAUACGACACUGGUCAAAUACUCUGUCGUGCACUUAUUCGGUAUUUUGGAAGUGUACAGCCUGAUGUUCGCACAGCUUGUCUAUGGAGAGCUCGAAAAAUGAUUCGAAAGCAGCAAUAUAGUAGUGAACCUGUUAAUAGUAGUAAUAAUAGUAAUAAUAAUAAGCUUAUGGAAAGUAAUAGUUCAUUUCCAUCAGAAUUAGAAUUAAUACUGGCUGAAAGUUCAUCACCACAGAAAACAUUUGCAGCCAUGGAAGAGGCAAGUCGAUCAUUAACUUUAAUUAAUGUUGAUACCGCUUAUCUACGAUCACUAAUCUUGAGAAAUUCCGUUACUAACCACAACAAAAAGCAAUGGAAUGUUAAUAGUACUCCUGAAGUAGUCUCAGUUGAUCACAUCGUUAGACUUCAUCAACAAUUACCAUUAGUAGAGAAACUUCAUGGAGAAUUAAAAUUAUCCACCAUAGAAGUUUUAUCUCAACGGGUGAUGGAGUUAUCUCAUUUGCAGGAUGUGGUUAGUCUUGCUGAAUCUACUAUUCGUUACUGCCCUUUACUAUCUCCAGUACUUUUACAUCGUAUCCUACAACUAUCGUGUAUUGAGGAAAGUAAUGAAACUGCAGAAGCAUUUCAAUCUACAUUGACAGCACUUUAUCGUUUACUCCCUCAUGUUGAUAUUCUAGAUGUCUUGGAAAGUGCUAUUGUAUAUGGCACUUUAACAGGAAUUUCAACACGUAAGUCUGUAAAUGACGAGAAAAUGACAUCUAUAUCUCUUAGUUUUGUAAAAUGUCUGGCAAUACAUGUUCCAAAGCAAUUAGUUCCUACUUUAUUUCAUCGUCUUUUUCGCCAACGUGAAUUAGCAGCAUUUCAACUCCCUACUUUUUUACUCCGAGUACUUUUAGAAGUACUGGAAUCUAUAGAUUUGGAUUCUCUUUCAACGGAAGAUGUUAAAUGUAUUCAACUCUUUCUACAGCAAGAGCGGCGGAAACUAGUUCCAUGGUGUACGCAGAAGGAAGAAGAAAUGAUGAAUAAUAGUCAUCUGUUAAUGGAUGCUAUUGAAAAGGCUGCAACCCUGCGGACCCAUAAUAUAUUUAAUGAAAGUAAUACUACUACUACUACUACUAUUGGUACUACUAGUAAUAAUAAUAGUAAUAGUACUAGUGCUAUUACUAUGAAUGCUGAUCAACUUUCUCUUUCUAUUGAACCAAAAUCAUCGGAUAAUACAAUGAGUGUUGUUAAAAACGCAUUGACAUCUAUUUUUGGUGUACGAGCGGCGAUAUUUGUAACAGCUGAAACUGCACUACAACACCGCAAAUCACUUUCAUGGUUAUAUGCUAUGUAUCGUAUCUCCGUUUCUCUGCUUUGCGAGUUGGAAGCUUUCAAAGCGUUAGCCCUUUUUCAAGGGAAACAAUUACACAUUAAUGAGAAACAAUGCGCUUUGGUACAGUUGUCAGAAUCUAUUGAAGAUGAUAAUCUUCUAGAAAAAGGAGAUGAUUUACAAACAUCAAAUUAUGUGUUACAUGAAGGGGAAUUACGUUCAUAUAUUGAGCAAUGGCUCUCAGAUGAUACAAAGGAAAGUAGUUUACUGAAACAACUGAUUUCUUUGGCUUCUGGUGAUGAUAUAACUUCUUCGUUUAUUAGUUAUGCUGCGCUCUCUCGUCAUGAUAUAGGUGCAAUGAAUAUGAUUCGACUUCAUUCAUGGUCUUCUGCAGUAGUAUUUGAUCGGGAAAGAAUAUGUAAUAAUAAUUGUGUAUACUCUCAACCUCUUCAAAGGUGUGAAGAAGGUGAGGAAAUAUCUACCGAUGUUUCUGUUUCUACUGUUGGUAAUGAUGGUAAUGAUGUUGAUAAUAAGCAUAACAUACCUCUUUAUAAAGAUAUUAUUGCUAUAUCCAAGUCUGCCCUUCAUUUCGUGGAGUUGCAGUGGAGUGGUAAAGAUUAUCAUCCACCUACUGCUGUUAACACAGUGUGUCUUUGGGCUUACGCAGAUCUUGUUGUGUUAGAGAAAGAUCCCACCAUGAGGUUAAACUACUAUGAGGCUCUUCUUCGUCUCUGUAAGUCUGAGAAGGAUGUAAUGUUUCUACAGCAGGCACCUUCUAGUAUUCACCGUGAUGUUUUUGCAUUUGCUGGUGGAAGGGGAAUGUGGCAACAGGGAAUUGAAUUGAUUCGUCUCGCAGAAAGUGUUUCAAAGGAAUUCCAACUUCCUCCAGAGGUAUAUGGACAAGUCAUGCGGGCAUGUUUAAUGCAUCGCGUACCAAUUCCUUCUUUUCUGCGUGAACGAUUUGAGAACAUUACUAAUAGGUAA